AUGAAGAGAGCAAAUCAUCUCUCGACCACUAGUAAGAAGUCAACAGGUGUUCCAGAAUUACCUCAUAAGAAAGGAAAACUGAAUUCAUCACACAAGACAAAAGAAAAACAUAAUGCCAAGCCUACAUAUGAAAAAAUUGAACCAAUGGUCCUCAGGUCUCCACCCACAGGAGAGUCAAUUGUACGGUAUGCCUUGCCAAUACCAUCAACUAUGACGAAAGACUUAGUAUCAGAUGCUGAAAUGGUCAGGAGGAUUGCCAAAAACCUGAAGAUGGUUGUUUCUUCCUUGGAAAACACCUAUGGAGUUCACAGUGAUGAUGGAGAAAAAGAAGAAGAAAAACCUGAAGAAGAAGAAGAAGAAGAAGAAUACGUAUCUGUUGGUGAUGAUAUGAAUUCAUUCUUGUUGUGCUGUUCACAAUUUGCCGCUCAGCUGGAGGAAGCAGUUAAGGAAGAACGUAAUAUUUUAGAGUCUCUUUACAAGUGGUUUCAGCAACAAGUCAACCAAAUGGAGGAGAUAAGUAAAGACCAAAGUAAUUUACAAAGAGAUAUUCCAUCAGAUAAGUUCGUCAAAUUGGGCAUUACACAAAUUGCGAAGCUCUUACGUAAAUUUGAAGAAAUUAGAAAUCGCCUAAGGGAGCGUAAGGUGUCUGAGAAGUCUAAUGAGCCGGAAAAAGAGGCUGUAGCUGAACCAACGAAAACUUAUGAACUUAUAGAAAAGGAAAUUGAAGAGUUCAUAAAAUCCCAUUCAGAUAUAGAACUUCAAACUUUUUCUGAAACUGAGUCAGGUACUCCUUCUUCAAUGAGUAAUCGGGUAUCUGUGAUGAUGAAAGUAUUUGAAAAUCAGACAACUAUGUUACAGAAAGCUUUAAAUGAUCAGACUGAAGCUGAGGCUAAAUAUAAAAUGGUGGAAACUAAUUACCAAAUAUUAUUAUCAGAAAAAAGCCUGCUGGAAAGUGAAAUACAACAGCUGAAGGAAAUAGAGAGGUUAAAGUCUACAACCAAAGAAGAUCGAACCAAGAAAACUGGAAAAUCAGAAAAGAAAAAAGAUAAAGAUUCAGAAAGGAAGAUAUCUCCAAAUGGAGAACUUCAAUCAUUUGAAGAACUGGCUGAAAUCCAAGAAACUGAAAGAAGUAAGUCUCAACUCAACCUUGCCCUAAAUCAAAAGACAGCGGUGCCUAAAGAGGGGAAGAGCAAAACAAAACUGGACCGGGCUCAAAGUAAAUCAAAGGUUAAGGUUGAAGAUUCAAAAGAUUCCCUACUGAAGAAGAGUGACUCACAGUCCGGUGGACAGAGGCAGGAUCAGACCUCAUCUGAUCAGAGUAAAAGGUCAGUUGGUGAAAGGUAA